AGUGGCGGACCGUGUUUGUAGUGUGACCUCUAAAUAUCCCCCACAACACUUGUCAUGUUUAGACAAGAGAAAGAAAAUAAAUGAAUCCGAGACACGUAAAACACUAGUCCAAUUUACCUUUUCUUGAUGAAAAUUCAAAAUGUUGGACGGUUUCAAAGCGAAUUGGGAAUCCUAAAGAACAAAAAUUAAAGAUAGUUAUGAUAUAAGCCAUGGAUGAAGGUGCAGAUAAUGGUUUUAAUCAUUCUCAAACCAAGAUGUCCGUGACAACUAAAACGCCUCUGUCGGAUAUAGCGAAGGCGUUUGAGGAGCUGUCGGGAUUCUUGGGAUCUCAGACUAAGGAUCAAAAACUUCGGUUGGAUAAUUUCUGUGAAGCAUGUUCUCUGGUUUCUGUUCUUUUUAGCUGCCUCGGCCUCGCCUUCAAAUUCGCCGAGAUGGAGUACGUCGCCAAGGUACAUGAUCUUGUGGAAGCAUCCAAGACGUAUGCCACUUUAGAAAAUGUAGUUGAUCGUGAUGUUGCUAAUGACACGGUGAAAAAACCAGGAAGCCAUUCACGUAAUCUGCGGCGUGUUAGACAGGGUCUUGACCUCAUCCGGGCUUUAUUUGAAGAAUUUCUGUCAACCGAUGAUUACUAUUUGAAGGAUGCAGCUUCAACAGCUUAUUCUCAAGUGUGUGCACCAUACCACACAUGGGCCGUCAGGACUGCGGUUUCUGCUGGAAUGUAUACUCUUCCAACAAGGGAAGAACUUUUACAGAAGCUCAAUGAAACAGAUCAUACAGCAGAGAAGAAAAUGAGAAGGUAUAUCGAAGCAUCGCGCCCAGUAAUAGCAUACAUUGAUAAGCUUUAUAGUUCUAGGAAGAUCGCCUUGGACUGGUGACUAAUAUUAUCAACAGGGCAGAGUGUCAGAGAAGGAUAUCCAUGGAUAUUUUAUUCAACCAGUAACAUAUACUACUUUAUUAUAAUUAAUAUAUAUACAUAAAUUUUUUCUACAAUAUGUUAUUUUGUUCUAGCUAGUUGCUAUUUUGCAUCUUAGAUUUUGUGCAGCAACAGAACAACAGUCUAUGACAUAUACUAUAUUAUUAAUUAGUUUCAAUGUUCA